AUUGUUUCUUGUCGUGCGCGUGGUCGCAGGAUACUUCGUAGAAAUCAGGAUAGCAGAGGAAUCUUAGAGCUGUCAGUAAGCUUCACUGCGAUAGGUUUAGCGACACACCGCUCGGCAGGAUCAUCAUAAAUAUUCGUCAUGAAGACGCUUCCGGCGAUACUAUGUCUUUGGUUUGCGUUGGCCUCGGCGCAGGGACCACCUCCCCACCGCGGCGAGCAACAACUUAGCUUCCGCUCCCUUCCUCCUGACUCUGGAGCGUUGUCUCCUCCGCCUCCCGGUAGGAGACGAGACAAUGGGCUUCCGAAGUCUGUGAUUCGCCGGCCAGACGCAGAGUACAGCUCCGACACCGUACAGGGUGACGUGAAAGACGAGGAUGAGUCAUACCGGCUCUUUAACAGGCGUCUAUUCUACGACCUGCCACGUGACAGGCGAUUCCGCUCCAACCUACGUCUUACGAACUAUGACGAUGUUGACGAUUCGAUCGUGUUCGACACAUUGCUGCGUCAGGCCAGAGUCGAUAGCCACGACGCAAACCCCGACGUAAAGCAAUUCGAAAAAAUCAUUAGUUAUGCUGAUCGCGACGAUGACUAUGACUAUCGUGACUACGAAAGAGGUGAUCAUGUCAAGGAGUACACCGGCGAUAAUUUUGGACAGUACCUCCGUCGUCUUGGCUACCAGGAUAGGGCUGAGGUAGGCUCAUAUAGACGUGAUAUCGACUAUAGAAACCGCGGCGAGGACUUCACGGACAAUGAUGAUGGCGAGCGACUUCCCGGUCGCAGUUUCUUUCUGAACUAUGGUCGAUUCCCUCUACAGAGUGAAGAUGACGAAGAUUUGGAAGAUGUGGGAACUGUUCCCGAUGUAAAGACUGUCAGAUUUCUCGAGGAAAGCCCGAAACCAGAUGAUCUUGAGCCCGAAGAUAGCGAUGACGAUGAUGAUGAUGAUGAUAACGAUAAAUAUUACGAAGAUGAAUAUGAGGACGACGACGACGACGAUGACGAUGACGAUGACGAUGACGAUGACGAUGACGAUGAUAACGAUGACGAUGACGAUGACGAUGGUAGCUUAGAGGAGCUGCUGAGGACCCUCUAUACGCCGGCAGCCCACCAGCGGCCACCACCUCGCCGGUUUACUCCUGGCCAGAGAACACAGCCAGCUCCAGCCCCUGAGGACGCCCACCAACUACCUCCUUCCGGCACCCUACGAAGAUACACCCCGGACUAUAGAGCCACACGUCCAUCCCCAGAGGAGACUCCCGCUGUCGACCGGUCAGCCUUGUACCCUGCACCGCGGACGCUUCCCGCCCGGCAGAGUUACCAGGUUGCAAACCGCGGCGAUCCUCGUGCGCCACCUUCCGAGGUACCCGUGUAUGUCGCGCCGGAGCAGGUACCUGUACAGGCGGGACGAGCAUACGUGACGCGUCAACCGCAAGCAUAUCUAUCGGCACCCGCGUACGCCGCACGUAGACAGGCAGCCAGCCAGUCGGCUCCGGUGCAAUCGCCGCCGCCACGCUCGUACACUGCAAGAUCUCCAGCGAGAGAGACCAGGCCAGUAGUGUACGCUAGGAGGCCGUACGCGUCAGUACGCUCACAACAACCGGCGCAUGUCUACUAUUACACGGCUCCGUCCGGACGUCGCUACCCCGUCAGAUACUCCCAUGCGGCGUAACACUCCCCACGAGCACUGAUGUUGCGGGUUGCCUGCUGAAAUGUGCGAUGGUUAUCGACAGAGUAUCAGCGCGAUACGCGCGUAGAUAUCUAUCCUCGUGACAAACUGAAUAUCCCAUCGCUCGACACCAAUGGCUUCCUGCCAUCCUCAAUUUUUGCAACUUGAAAAAUGAAUAUGAACAUUUAAAAUGAAUUGAUUAUCUGUAUGUCUUUCUAGCUAAAGCUUAUAUAGUGUUCGUACAACAAGCCCAACGGAUGUUAUAUUUUACGCCUCAAUGAUGUCGCCUGUUUAGACAGCUUUAUUCGACAUCACGCGUAAACAUUUUAAUCUGUCAAAACGCUCAGAACACAGUCUACGCCGAAUUCUGCUACUAAGCGCAGUGUUUAACCACAUAGCUUAACAGUUCUAUUGACUGUACAUGUGUUAAUAUAAAAGAAAAUAAAUACAGGUAAAUGUAUCCAAUUA